AACACAACAAGGAAACUACACGCGGAACCACACACACACACACGCCUUCAUUUUAUGUUUUGAAUAAUAGUCGGAGCCAUUGUGGCGAAGUGUGUGUCCGUGAAAUCAGCCCGCGCUCGAACCCCCUCACAAGCUGCGAGUGAUCCGGAACACAAACCGCUCUUCCACGGGGCUGGACUUGAAGUCGUUCAGAGACAUGGGCUCAGAGCCACCCAGCCCACCACAGGUGGUGGAGGAUGGAGGAGAGGAGGAUGAGGAGGAGCUGAGCGGAGGGGAGGAGGCAGAACUGAGGUCCAGCUCCGGCCGGGGCUCCCUGCUGACCCGAAGGGGCAUCACCCUGAGGGUUCUGCUGAAGGACGGCCUGGUGGAGCCAGGGGACGGCGUGCUGGCCAUCCACUACCUGGGUAAGAACUUUGUUGGGGACCUCUUGAAUGAUGGGAAGAUCCGAUGGGUGGAGACGGGUCAGAUCUUCAACUCUCCCAGUGCCUGGGCGACUCACUGCAAACGUCUGGUCAACCCGGCCAAGAAGUCAGGCUGUGGCUGGGCGUCGGUACGAUACCGGGGGCAGAAGCUGGUCCAGUACAAAACCACCUGGCUGCACAAGUACCAGCCCAGCGCAGACAUGAGCCUGGUGAGUGAGGAGGAUGACGACGAGGAUGAAGAGGAGGGGAAAACGGCCGUGCAAGCAGAUGAGAAGAACAAGAACGGCAAACCUGGAUUAAGUGAUAUCAUGGUUUCUCGAAGAACUGACAGAGAGAGAAUUCCUGUCAGGUAUUGCACGUUGGGCACCAGAGACGCUGCCAGAGAUCUGCACACUCUAGUGGAGCUGUCGGCCUUCUCAGCCAUCAACAGAUUUCAGCCUUUCAACGUGGCCGUGUCCAGUAAUGUUCUGCUGCUGAUGGACUUUCACUGUCACCUGACCACCAGUGAGGUGGUGGGAUACCUCGGAGGACGGUGGGACACCAACACACAAUUGCUGACAGUCUUAAGGGCUUUCCCCUGUCGGACCAGGCUGGCGGAUAGAGACCAUGCUUCUGCUGUUGAGGAGGAGAUCUGUCAGAACCUGUUCAUGCGCGGGCUGUCGUUGGUGGGCUGGUACCACAGUCACCCCCGAGGUCCGGCUCUGCCCUCGCUGCAGGACAUUGACUCCCAGAUGGACCACCAGCUGAGGCUGCAGGGUUCAAACAACGGCUUCCAGCCCUGUCUGGGCAUCAUUUGUGGACCAUAUUAUCACGGCAAUCAAGGUGUGGCUUCCACAAUUACUCCAUUCUGGGUCGUACCACCACCUGAGCAACGGCCCAAUGACUACGGCAUCCCAGUGGCUGUGGAGGUCACCUACGUACAAGACAACUUCCUCACCAGUGACGUCCUGAAUGAGAUGAUGCUGCUGGUCGACUACUAUAGGGCGGCUCCCGACGUCGUCCAGUUCAGCCAGUACUGGUGCCCGGAUACGACCAUGAUGGACAAGAUCAAGGGCUCCCUGAGCUGCCAUGCCCCCAAAGACCAGGCCUACUCGCAGAUCUUGGAGCAUGUCUACAGUCAGCUGGGCAGCAUGCCCUGAGCGAAGCCGCUGUGGCUCUUGUGCACGUUGGUGGCUCUCCAUCUCAAGUUGUUCCAUUUCAAACUCCUCCUGUGCAGAGCCACCAGGUCUCGGGUGCCACGGGCGUAAACAAUGUAAAACCUGCUCUGAAGAACAUGUAGAUGCCUUGAAUUCUCUCAUGCUUAAUUUGACGCAGCGUCAUCACGGGUUAAAACACAGGUCAAUGACACUGAAGGUGCUAAAGCUGUGAUGUGAGUCACCCUAGGACCUUUUAUUUUGCCAACAUGAGAAGGGGAUUCGAGAACAGGGAACUAACGAGUGUUAAAAAGCAAUAGUGAAAUAUUGUUUUAAUGACACUAAAUGGAAGUGUUUCAUGGACCUGACAUCAGCCCAUGGAGGAACGCCGGCCUCUUUUCACAUGGACCUAUGUGCCUGUCGGUGCCAGUUUCCUGUGGUGUGAGCAGGUUUGGGCCGAUAUGUACAACGUUACCUAGUAAUUGCCUUUAUAGAGUAAACCAGGAUCAGUGACUGGGCUGAAAACAUGAAAAACUAAAAAAAUGGUAGUGACCUAAACUAUACUCUGAAAUUUGUUUGUGAAUGUUUUUGUCGCUCAAGUCUAAUCGAAGGGUUGCAGUAAAGUAAAAAUCCAUUUUGACAAACAAGUUUUCUUUUUACCAAACCUGUGUGUGUGUGUGUGUGUGUGUGUGUGUGUGUGUGUGUGAGCUGCGUUGUGAAUGUGCGUCUCUACUGUGUCCCUGUCAGGUUCCACCAGACAUGAGUCCUGUUGUUAGGACUCAUGAUUGCUUCCUCUCUAGCUGUACUGUAUUUAUUAACUGUGGACUGUGUGAUGUACAUGUGUGAAGACUUCUGCCUUAAGCCUGCUGAUUGAUUACCCACAAAGCAUUAAAAGAUACACACUGGAACUAUUUAAA